GUCAGUAAAGAGACACUCAGACGAUCAGACGGAGCUUCAGCGUCCUCAGACUGAGUCCAGCUACAACACUGCUGCUUCCAGCUGCUGACACUCCAAACACUGAAGCUCCACUCACAGAACAAAUGGCUUCUAGAUCUUCAGAGUCUCUCUGCAGUUUACACUCUAAGAAACUCAAACUCUUCUGUCUGGAUCAUCAGCAGCCAGUGUGUGUCGUCUGCAGAGAUUCACAGAAACACUCCAACCACAGAUUCAGACCCAUCGAUGAAGAAGCACAAGAACACAGGAAGGAACUUCAGGAAACUCUGGAGCCCUUAAAGGAGCAGCUGAAGGUUUCUGAAGAUCUAAAAGUGGAGUUUGAUCAAACAGCAGAACACAUUAAGGUCCAGGCCCGACACACAGAGAGGCAGAUUAAGGAGCAUUUUGAGAAGCUUCACCAGUUUCUGAUAAAGGAAGAGGGGGUCAGGAUGGCUGCACUGAGGGAGGAAGAGGAGCAGAAGACUGGGAUGAUGAAGGAGAAGAUGGAGGCUCUGAGCAGAGAGAUAGCAGAUCUUUCAGACACAGUCAGAGCCACAGAGGAGCAGCUGAGAGCUGAAGACGUCUCAUUCCUGCUAAACUACAAGGCUGCAGUGGAAAGAGUCCAGCGCUGCCUCCUGCUGGAGGAUCCACAGCUGCUCUCAGGAGCUCUCAUAGACCAGGCCAAACAUGUGGGCAACCUGAGCUUCAACAUCUGGAACAACAUGAAGGACAUGGUCUCCUACACUCCUCUCAUUCUGGACCCAAACACUGCAAAUCCAGAACUCAUUCUGUCUAAAGAUCUGACCAGUGUGAGAGGAGGAGAUAAACAGCAGCUUCCUGAUAAUCCAGAGAGGUUUAAUCAUUGUCCCUCUGUUCUGAGCUCUGAAGGCUUCAACUCAGGGACUCACAGCUGGAAUGUGGAUGUUGGAGAUAGUACCUACUGGGCACUGGGUGUUUUAGAAGAGUCUGUCCUCAGGAAGGGAUGGAUACGGACUGGAUUAUGGAGAAUAAGGUUGUCUUUAGGUGAAUACUCAGCAUGUUCACCACCAGAUUCCUCCACUGUUCUUUCAGUGCAGAAGAAGCUCCAGAGGAUCAGAGUGAAUCUGGACUGUAACAGAGGAAAGCUGUCCUUCUCUGAUCUUGAUACUAAAACACUCAUACACACCUUCAAUCACACUUUCACUCAGAGGAUGUUUCCGUACAUUUCCACUGAUGGUAUGGCAAAGAUUUUACGAGAGAAGAUCUGAGUGACAGUAGGACAGAUCAGCUAAGAGGUAAAGAAGAUGAGAAUAUCUCUGAUGAUGCUUUACAGCUGAAAAACUAACUGAUGAAACUGAUAAUAAGACUGUUGCUGCUUGGACACUUGUUUAACAUCAGCCUGCUGUUGACUCAUUCUGGGUUUUGGCUCCAAUAAAACACCACAUUUUACAGCUUUUAACCACAUUUUGUAAAAACAGUCCACUGCUGUUAGACUUUGUCUGCAUUUGUACACAGAUUUAUUCCACUGUUUCAUGAAAUCAUGUUUGAUCUCAUUUUAAUCACCUGAUCAGUAGGAUUUCACAUCUGGAAUCAUCAAGGCUGUUUAUUAACCACAUCAGUGUGUUGUAGGAAUUAUUUUAUAUCCAUCAGCUCUAAAGGAAUCUGACCUCUGACCUCUCAUGGACAGUGAAGCUCAACACAUCUGGAAUUGGUUUGAUGCUGAUCUGAAUUUUGCUCCAAUUCUUUCUGUAAAUCAGGAAAUCACUGGAAUGGAAAAGAGGCUUUUUGCUUUUGAACUUUUCUGCAUUGUGAGGGUUUUUCUUAAACAUCAGCCUUUUUAUUGGAGCUUUUCAUUGAGUUUUUUUCUUUAUUAACCUUUUCAAUGUAACGGUGGAAACUAUUUCUGUAAUUACAUUUUUAGUUGGCUGCAUUUUUUAUAUCUAACUACACAAAAAGUAAUGUUGUGUCUUCUUGUC